AUUUUUUAAGCAACAGUUCACAAAAAUUUGGUACCAUUUAUGCAUUCUUCAUGUAAGUAAAAUUUAAUGUGAAAUUUAAUUUGCGGAUCAAUGGUACUUAAAUAUAUGAACUCCUUGCAUCCAACCAAAUCGAUGCCUCAAUAAAAAAUGGAUACAAACGAAAUAAUCAAUAACUUAUCAAACGUAACAACAAGUCAAAAUGGCAUCAGUUUUGAUAUGGAUAUCACAUCAACAGAUGAUUCAAUCACAAACCAAGGUGCAACAGGUGAGGAACAGCCCAACACUUGUACUCUCCUUGAGUCCAAUAAAACUAAGCAUCAACAGGAUAUUGAUUCUAUAGACUACCUAACGAUGUCAUCAGCAACUAUUAGCACGCAUAGAGAGCAUAGCAUGGAACAAAAUAGCGACCUCCCAUGGAAAUCAUCAAACGUGAAAACAACUAAAAAUGGUAUCAGUUUCGAUAUAAAGUACUCAUCUUCACUUCCACUCUUAACUCAAAGUGGAUCAGCAUCAAAGAAAGAAGCAAAAAUAGUUCAGACUCACCUUCAGUGUAAUAAAACCGAUCAAAAACAAAAUUUUGAUUCUAUAGACUAUACAAAAUUAUCAUCGGCUAUUACAGAGCCACAUAGAGCUGAAGGUGAAAAUCAAGCAACUGAUAAAUUGACGACAAUAUCAAAGGAUAUUGCCUUUUCAACUCAAAAACCUGCUAUCUUUUCGAGAGUGUCAUCAACAAAAGCUAAGCACCGCACUCUAGAAGAAAUUAUGCAAAAACUGUUUGAUGCUGCAGUAAGACGUCAUAAAUAUUAUCAAAACUAUGACGUGCUACGUAAGGUUGGCAAGGUGAUACAAAAUCGACAUAAGAUGUUCACAAGUUAUAGACAACUUAUAGAAACAAGGUUGAGUUCCAGGAUGAAGCAGUACGAUGAUCGCCGCAGCAAAAAAAUUUUAAGUAUACAACGUAAAGCACAAAGUGAGAAUUCAAAAUUGAAGAGCGCCGCUCAAAAAGUCGAAAUGGCCAGAGAAAAGAUAAUACGAAACUACUCGGAAAAAUUAGAAAAGAUGAAAAAUAUUACGAAAUUAAAAGAUAACCAAUAUUUUGUAAAUAUUAAAUCAAAAAGGGUUUUGCCGCGUAGUUUCAAAUUGUUAGACAACAGAAAAUGUAAGCAACAAAAACGAAAUUCUGUAGCUAAAAGUAACAAAGAAAUAACAGUCAAAGUUACUAAUCAAAACCGUGAUCAUCAUAAGGAUAGGUUUGAGCUAUUUACAAAUAUAUCUCAUCACAGUCAAGGGAAAAAGAAAAUAAAACCAACUUUAAUACAGCCGCAUCUUAAGCGUAAUUUCAAAACCAAAGUAUUAAAGCAAGAGGAAGCUGCAGAAAACGUUACAAAAGUUGUAAAGAAAAAAUCUACUUUACCAAGAAUAUUGGAGAAGACGACACGGUAUCCUUCUACUUUACAAAAUGAAGCCUCUAAAGAAAAAUCAGAACUUAAAAAACUAAAGAAAGCUAAGACAACCCUGGAAGCUAGAAAGCCUUGGAGGAAUUAAAUGGUCAUGAUAACGACCAAAUCAUUUGUGUUACGGAGUGAAAAAAUUUAUUUUUGAGUUAUUCAAAUAAAAUUAAAGAAAACAGAUAUCUAAA